GAAUAGUAUUGGACUCGGACCGAACCGAGACAACCAAACCAAAUAAAAUAUACCGCGUAAAUUUUCGCGUUAGUUACGCACGGUUUUUUUUUAUACUUACAAAGAAAAUUAUUACAAAAAGUUUUGGUUGAAUCGGUGUAAAACAUCUUCAACGUUAAGAUUUUCUUUCGAAUUUUCUAAAAAUAAUUAUUUUUUUUUUGAAAAAUCGAAAAUGAAGAUCAGUGCGAUUGUUACAAUCUUUUUCGUCAACUUUUUCGGUUCGAAAGCUGCUUCAUUAGGCUCCAAUGAAGUUAUGGUUUACCUUUCUCAAUACGGAUACGUAUCUAGCGGGAAUCUUAUGAAUUCUAGUAGGUUACUAGACGGAUCGAUAUUAAAACAAGCCAUAGAAGAAUUUCAAAGCUUUGCGGGACUUGCAGUAACAGGUGAAAUGGACGAAGAAACUGAAUCUGUGAUGAAAUUACCUAGAUGUGGUGUCAAAGAUAAAGUUGGAUCUGGAAGUGAUUCUCGAUCAAAAAGAUACGCUUUGCAAGGGAGUAGAUGGAAGAUAAGAAAUUUAUCUUAUAGAAUAACCAAGUAUCCAGUAAAUGUACCUAAAGAUGAGGUCGAUAAUGAGAUACAAAGAGCCUUUGACGUUUGGUCCGAUCACACAGACUUGACAUUUAAGCAAAUGAGAAGGGGUUCGGUAAACAUUGAAAUUAAAUUUGAGAAGGGAGAGCAUGGAGAUGGGGAUCCCUUCGAUGGUCCUGGUGGAACUUUAGCCCACGCUUAUUUUCCAGUUUUUGGAGGUGAUGUUCAUUUUGAUGCUGCUGAGCAAUGGACCAUUAAUAAAUACAGUGGGACCAACCUUUUCCAAGUAGCGGCUCAUGAAAUCGGUCAUUCUUUAGGUUUAAGUCACACUGAUGUAAAAAAUGCUUUAAUGGCACCAUUUUAUCGAGGUUAUCAACCUUAUUUCGUAUUAGAUUCCGAUGAUAUUUCGGGAAUUCAAAGACUAUAUGGUGGAAAAACUACUGUGACUGCUUCCCCACCGGUAGAUAGAGACGACAAAGAGGGUACACCAACGAAUAUUUCACCUGACGAACAAAUUUUGUGCAAAGACCCAAAAAUCGAUGCAAUUUUCCAAAGCGCCGAAGGAAAUACUUAUGUGUUUAAAGGAAAUCAAUAUUGGAGGUUAAACGAUCAAAGUAUAGAUCCUGGAUAUCCAAAAUUAAUCGCAAGUGGAUGGCCUGGGCUACCUGGAGAUAUAAGUUCAGCUUUUACUUAUAAAAAUGGGAAAACUUAUUUCUUUAAGGGUACAAAAUAUUGGAGAUAUAAUGGGCGAAGAAUGGAUGGGGAUUAUCCUAAAGAUAUAUCGUCUGGUUUUGCUGGAAUUCCCGAUGAUAUUGAUGCCGCUAUGGUUUGGAGUGGAAAUGGAAAAAUUUAUUUCUUCAAAGGUAGUAAAUUUUGGCGUUUCGAUCCAAUGCAACGCCCACCAGUAAAAAGUACCUAUCCAAAACCAAUUUCAAAUUGGGAGGGAAUACCAAAUAAUCUCGACGAUGCUUUCCAAUACUCAAACGGUUACACGUACUUCUACAAAAAUGGAGCUUAUUAUAGAUUCAACGAUCGCGCGUUUGCCGUGGAUGCAGCAACUCCAGCUUUCCCAAGAUCAGCAGCUUAUUAUUGGUUCGGGUGUCAAUCGGCACCUACAGGAACCAUAGGUACACCAAUAUACAAAGAAGGGCUACAUGAAGGGGACGAUGACGGCUACGAUUCAUUCGAUGCAGUCAUUCGUAAGAUACGUCAACAAUUGUUUGAUUCCCUCAACAAGUCUGAUAUGCCAAGGUUCUUCAGACAACCGGACAGAUUCUGACGUCGCAGCUACACAUAUCUGUCCGUUUUAUAAUCGAAGACAAUUCUGAUACAUCAAGCGAAGCCUCUGUUGGUUUGGGAAGGAGUUCCUCCACGCGAUUUUUGCCAUCAUUAACAACGAUCGCAACAGUUUUCGUCGUCGAUUUAUUGAGGAGAUUUCUUGCAUCGUGAUACGAUUUAAGAAGAGAUCGUUGGAUUUUUAGGUUUUAACCGCGUUGUAGCACAGUUCUUUUAUAAAUGAUUGUGAUGCAACAACCCCACAAAAAAAAGGACCACAAUAUGAUAUCAUCGUCCCCAAGAAAAAAAUCUAUCGAUUAGUUAAGAAAAUUUUAACACUAAUUUUUAUUUUGUACAUAGUUUUUCUCAACA